AUGACUACUAAUACACCAAAUGUAGACUUAUAUCAAUUUGUUUCGUGGCAAAUUGACACUCUUAAAGCAAUGGGAACCUGGUUCUUCAUACCGUUUCCAGUGAAAUCGUUAAGUUUUUUUAAAGUUUUACUUAUUAAGACUUUCAUUGGAAUUUCUGUCUUUAUUAUACCCACAGGUGGGCAGUUGAUAUAUCUAAUACGUCUUGCUUAUUCCGAAAAUGCAGAUGUUCAAGUAAUGGCUGGAAUGUUAAAUUUAAUUAUAACUGAACUACUUAUCACAAUCAAACUUUUGGAUUUUAUUAUACGUCGUAAUUCUAUAAAGAACCUAAUAAAGCAGAUGACAAAUGUAGACUUUUGUGAUUUUACUAAAGAUUAUAAGAAAACGACACAGACGAAAAUAUUUAUUACCAGAUGCUUGUUCAUCUUUAUAUUGGGACUUUCAGCAGUGGAUAUAGCUGUGCACGUCUUAGUAGUACCUGGUCUUCAUGGAUUUCAAUAUCUGCCAUUAAAGAUGGAUUUUAUUUACUUUGACGUUAAUGAUAAACGGUAUUUUAAUUAUAUUUUCGCCUAUCAGAUUCUAUACAAACCUAUAAUCUCAAACACAUUUGCCUGCUUGACAUCAAUGCGCUGGGGUUCUGAAAUAUUUGCAACAAGUCAGAUAGAGAAUUUAAUACAUACAAUUGAAAAUGUUGAGCGUUUUUUAAAAUAUGAAAUGGAAGUAAAUAAUUGUGAUAAAAAUGAAGCAUUUGAACGGUUUUUUAAAAAAUGUGUUAUGCAUCAUAAUCUUAUUAUAAGGUUUGUGGGAUCUAUACAAGAUAUAUAUGGAGGACAUAUUUCAAUGACGAUGAUUUUAAGUUCUGGUAUUAUUUGCAGUACAGCUGUUCAAUUUUCCGCAAUUGAGCAUCCAUUAAAUAACAUUACUGAUUUGUUCUGGGUUUUUGCAUUUAUGGUCAUAUUUGUAUCCGUUUUGUAUGCAGACUGUUAUUUUGGUAACGGUAUUACAACUAAGAAUUUUGAAAUUUCUCAUGCCAUUUACGGAUGUCCGUGGGUAGAUCUGUCACGAAAGCAUAGGAAAAACGUUUUGAUAUUUAUAGCAAGAACUCAACAACCUUUGGUGCUUUAUGCAGUCGUAUUAGCACCUGUUUCUUUAGAAACAUUUACACAGGUAAUGAACUGGACGUACAAAGGAUUUGCGCUGUUGAACCAAACAAAAUAA